AUGUCAAAUGUCGAUUUAUCCAGCGACGGCCUCAUCGGCGUCGAUUACGACUCCAGAGGCUAUCUCCAGCAGACAUGGCCUGUGGCGGCCGACCAACACCCCUCCCGGUCAGACGAAGCCCACGACCUGUCGCCUCUACAAACAAGCGGUCACCCCCUGGAACAGUCGGUGGCCCAGGAUCCCAACCUCUUGGUCGACUGGCAAUUUCAACAGCUCCAGGCCCCUCAUCAGCAGCAUCUACCAUAUUCGCCCGAGGGCCAUUCAUCAGCACCGCAGUUUACCGCCGCUAGCUAUGGCAUGGCCAUCCAAUCCUCCCCAGUGGACCUCAUGUCUGGGCCCCACGGACAUAUGAGCACCGGUUUUGUCGACAGUUCCUAUCACCUACCCCUCUCCGCGCCUGUCGACAUGGUGCCAUUCACCUAUCACGACUUCCAGACGGAUCUGAUGGGGUUCCCGAACUCGCUCACAGAUGUCUCAUACGCGGCCCCGCACCCGGUUCUGGAAAGUAGCUCGCCCACAGACACCUACCUUGAAGUCCGUUCCCUAUCGAGCAGUGAUAAUGGCUGGAGCACGGUGGAUCACCGGCGUUCCUUCGACUUUGGUUUCCCCGAGCAAGGCAUAUUCGUCAACCCCACCCAGACGUUGCACGACCGCAGUCUCUCAGAAUCGUCCUACUCGACCUCCUACGGUAGCUUUGUCGACCUUGCCAAUCCGAUCAGCUCUCCCAGCUCUGAGACCAACAUGGAUCUGCCAUACAACAACCCCCAUGGCGUCAGUCUCGCAGGUACCUCGCCAGCCAGCAGUUCCAUUGUACGCCACGAACGCUCUUUACCGGGAUCCCGCUCCCCAUCAGCUGUCAGCCCCAGCACCGCCAUGGUGCGGCCUAUCCCGGUCCCUAUCAAGAAGUCUACCUCGCCAACUCGUUCUUCUGGCUCUCAAUCUUCAGCAUCACCGCCCAGCCGGAAGCCAUCAAGAAAGAGUCCCAUUGCAGCCAAGACGGCAGAGACCAAGGUCCGCAAGCAGUCCCAGACCGGCAAGCCCGACUCUGAGAAGCGGGUUGGUAAGCGAAAGGGCCCUCUCAAGCCUGACCAGCGUAAGCAAGCCAGUGAGAUCCGGAAACUGCGUGCCUGCUUGCGUUGUAAGUUCCUGAAGAAGACUUGUGACAAAGGCGAGCCCUGUGCCGGAUGUCAGCCGUCGCACGCUAGGUUGUGGCAAGUGCCGUGUACCCGCAUCGACAUCAAGGAGAUUGGGUAUUUCAUGAAGGACUGGAAGGCGGACUACGAGCGACACAUCUCGAUGGGCUUCUCCGUUGGCAACAUCAAGGGAUUCUCGGAUCAAGAACGUACCUUGUUCAUCACCCAUGGCUACGGCCAAAUCCUACCUAUCAACGCUCGCGAGGUCUACGUCCGUGACGAGCAGUGCUUUACCAUCGACUGGGUCGAAACAUUGCACCGCGAGCCUACAGAAUAUGAAGUCGAGACCGCCAAACUCUCCGCUGGAAUGGAGGGCAUCUCGCACGCCAUGUUGUCUGACUACCUGGAUCGACAUAUCGACGGCAACGGCACCUUCGAAAAGUUCGUAGACGAUUACUUUGAAGGAACGCCGUUCCUCACCCAAAUGCUCAAGACCGCGUUCCGCUAUUACUACCGCACUAAGCUUCCCGUCAUCCGCAAGGCCUUGAAGCUGAUCAUCGCUUAUAACCUGACCCUUCACGUUACGAUGGUCGAGGGACUGGGCUCCGAGGAUGAUUUCAUGGGCAAGAUCCAAGAACCAGGCUCCAAGUUCCGUGGCAAGACCAUGGCCCCAGUGAUGAUCAACUUCCAGAUCAAGUGUGCGAUGGCGAGCAUGUGGCGUGAACUCCAGAAGGAUGUUCUGGAGGAGCUCUCCUCGCUUUACUCGAGUGUGUACAGUGGUGAUAAGUUGAAGAACUGGCCGACUAUCUUCAUCCUGGCCUCAAUUCUGCUGGCCGUAUGGGAGGAGAUGCAGUUCGAUUGCCAUUAUCGCACACCCGACCAGGCUGCCGUCGACAAGUUUUGCACUGAUAUGGAGACCACCCCCGUCGGUGUCAUUGUCGGUUUGUUCCAGGCAAUCUCCCAGAAGCUGCCCCCCUUUACCGAGUGGGACUCGCAGAAGCACCACCAAUUGCUGUACUCCAACCCGGACGUGUGCAACACCAUGACCGAGGUUCGCCAACAUGUUGAGCAGCACGAGAGCUAUCUGCGUAAUCGCACCGGCACCAAAUUCAACCGCGAUGAUUUUGACUGCCUUUCCAACAAAUUUGUUUCCCGCCUUGUUAUUCGUGCGAACUAG